CCCAGUGAAACCGGGAGACGGCUCAGGAUCCUUGAAGCUUUCCAAUGGUGGAAAUGCGAAAAUAACUGGCCUGAAAUUUGGUUCUUUUAGGGAUUGUAACCUGUGCUUAGGCAGAUUAUAAAAGGAUUGUCCAAUGUUCUUUGCUACUGUGGGAAAAAGUUGCGUUUUAAGGCCAUCGCAUCAGCGCAAAUUCGAUUCGACACGAGGAGAAGUUCAGGGAAGUUGCUAUGUCUCGGCAUGAGGGUGUGAGUUGUGACUCAUGUAGUAAAGGAAAUUUCCGUGGUAAACGCUUCAAAUGUUUAAUUUGUUAUGAUUAUGACCUGUGUGCGACGUGUUAUGAGAAUGGAGCCACGACAACAAGACACACAGCAGAUCAUCCUAUGCAAUGUAUUCUCACCAGAACAGACUUUGAACUUUACUAUGGAGGGGAAGCAUUUACAGCGGACCAGCCACAGUCCUUCACUUGCCCCUAUUGUGGUAAAAUGGGGUUUACAGAAACAGCUCUACAGGAACAUGUAGCCUCAGAGCACAGUGACACUUCCAUUGAAGUGGUAUGUCCUGUGUGCGCAGCCUUGCCAGGUGGCGACCCUAAUCAUGUGACAGAUGACUUUGCUGCUCAUUUGACACUAGAGCACAGAGCACCCAGUAGGCCGGAUAUGCUAGACGAGCGAGGUGAGCCCCCUCCUGUGCGGCACGUGAGACGUUUAUUUCAUCCAGCGGUUAGUGGGAGGAUACCGAGACCUCCACGACCACGAGCAACCAAUAUGCAUUUUGGAGGAUCUGGAGGCAGUGGUCUUUCCUCCUCUUCCUCCUCCUCUUCCACUUCUGCCCGUGAGAGCAUGGAUCCUAUAGCAGAGCUUCUGUCCCAGCUCUCUGGCGUUCGAAGACAAGCUCAGCAGCCCCAGGCUCCCAUGCCUAUGCAGUCACAGCUUCAGUUACUUCAACAGCAGUUACAGCUAGAAAGACAGCAAGUGCAGCAGACAAGGGAGCGGCUGGAAAGACUUCCAGCACGGAGGCAGAUGGCGGCAGCUGCUGCUGCUGCGGCGAGUAGCAGUGCGCCGACUACAUCGACGGUUAGCGCUCAAGAAAGCAGCAGUUCCCCAUCUUCUUCAUUUCUUCUUGCCAGGGCCAAUGAACCAUCAUUGUCCGAAGCCGAGCAGGAAACCCUAGAACGCGAGCGCGCAGACCGAAGCCUGUUCGUGCAGGAUCUUAUUCUGUCGACACUUGGAUCAGCAGCGUUUAGACGCAGAGCCCGUCCGAGCUCUUCAGUUCGGGAGACAACGGCUGGAUUUGCAAGUCUAACCCUACAGGAUAGCGCCGGAAUUCAGGCUAGUGCUAAUGAAAUGCGGGCAGAGGCCCAGGACUGUAAUGUAAUCGAACAGGACAUUACUGUUCAAGAUAUGGAGCUUAUAACACUGGAAACGGAGGAAGAUAAAGAUUCCUAGCGCAGGCAGGGAUUGUUGGUUUCAAUCAAAUUUUACCCUCCAUGUAGGUACAGAAAUGAAUUUUCAUUGACGUUAAUUCGCGGUUUGCCGUCGUUUUAGACCGUCGUGGAGAACGUGCACUCGCCCGACCCCAGCAAGAGGACAGACAAGAAGAAGAAGAGGCAGAGGCUAAGUUAUAAACGCCUUGGUCGCGCGUGUAAACAUAGCAUCAAUCUACCCUUGACGAAAUGCCGCAUCAUAAGAGAAUAGCUAUGAUUGCGCGCAUUUUUAUAGUUGGAGAAAUAAUUAGAUAGGGUUGGAAAAAAUAAAUUUUAAUGAAUGACA